AAUUAUCAAUAGAGUUAUCAUCUAAAUCCAAGGAGCUUCAAGAACAACGCAUUGAAAAAUUAGAAAAAAUCAUCAAAGAUUUUACCAGUGAAAAAGAUGGUGUUUUUGAAAAAUAUCUUCAAGAAAAAGUGGACAAGCGGGUUGAAUCAUUGGAAAGAAAAUUCUUGGAAGGACAUAAAUUUCAAUCAUCAUCAAAUAAAGAGACAAAUCCACCACAACAGUGGCCAACUCCACCAACAAUGGUUUUUUCUUUUUUUUUUUAUUUAAAAUAAUAUUGAUUUUACUACUAUUAUAACUAAUUCUUCUAUGUUGUUUGUAGGAUAAAACUUAUAGAUUAACUUUGGGAGACGGUGAUGUAGUUGCUAUUGGUGAAAUUUUUCCGGGAAAACAAGUUCAUGGGAAAGAUUUGGAAAAAGGCAAUGUACGAGUAUGCAUAAUUGAAUGUUUGAAUGAAAAUGCUCGUCUUCCUGUCCAUGUUCGUGAUGAUUUAAUCUUCGUAAAAGAUGCAGUCCAAAGCUUUGUUGCAUGGCCGGAACACUUAAUCAUCUUUGGUGAUUCUGAGGCAUUAAAAACUAUGGAGAAAAAUGAACAUUUAUCUCCACACAUGCCAACUCAGAAAGCUUCAACAAGUUCGAUGAAUGUGAAAGACUCUCCUGUUCCAUUUGUUAUGCCCAAAAUCAUCCCAAGGAGCGUCAAAGCUAUAUUGUUAAGUGUUCAAUAUCGCAAAAGUAGAGAAGAGUAUCGUAUUGAAAUGGAUCCAAAUAUUUUUGGGUCUGAUCAAGAUUUGUAUAUUGAACCUAAAGAUAUAGUUCAUCUUGGCACAAAUGUUGAGAUUGGAGCUGAGUGUAUCGCAUUUUAUAUAAGGAUCUUACAUGAAAGGUUAAAAAAUUCAAAAAGAGAGAAGUAUUUUCGUUUUAUUCAUCCAAGUUGGGCUUCUAUAGUGGGAUCCUAUUUGCAGCAAAAUGUAGAAUCAAUAGCAGAUCGAUUAGCAAGCGCAGGGGAGAUGCAACUUUCAUUGAUCCCUAUUAAUUUAGGUUAUCAUUGGGUGCUAAUAAUAAUUGAUCCAUCACGUGAGAUGUGUUUCUGGCUCAAUCCAACUGGAGAACUACCAAGUGAUACCAUUAAGAAUUUUAUCGCAAUGUAA